UGUGUACUUAAAUGCCUCAAUCCACAUCAUGGGGACAGCCAAUGUCAAAAGACGGCUGGACAUACCCCAGCCAGUAUCGCACAAUCACCCCUCUGGACCAUUUGCUGAUCGAAGCUGGAUGCCGGAGACGCCAAACGCGCAUGACGCGUCUCGGAACAUGUUUCCCAUUGCCAUGAGGAUCUGCGUCUGCACCACGAUAAGUUCCGAACGGUGUGAACGGCUUCUUGGCGCGCGAUGUGGCAGUCUAUUGCAAUUACAGUAGAGACGCCAAUUGCUCAAGAAGGUCAAUGGCACGUUCCGACUCUGCGUCUUGAAUCUUUUCCUACAAUGAGCCAUACAUAACAGGCCAAGGAAAAGCUUGCUGCAUUUAUAUGCAGAAAGCACAAAGCUUGGCGAGUAGUCGGCAUGUGCGACAUGACUCUACCCACAUAUUAAGGAAAUAGCCACUGC